AUGGCUGUUGGCGGCUGUUUCUGCGGCAAAGUCCGAGUCGAAUACAGUGGCCAGCCUCUGGCAUCGGCACUGUGCCAUUGUCUCGAUUGCCGCAAGCUGACCGGGUCACCCUAUAGCUACAAUUUCCUCGUCAAAAGUGCAGAACUGCAUGUUUCUGGCAGUCCGAAAGAAGUGGCAAAAACAUCGGAUAGUGGAAAUGCGAUUAAGAAUUAUUUCUGUCCUGACUGUGGCACGCCACUUUUUGGACGGAAGAUAAAGUCAAACGGAGAUUCCGACGAGACUACAGUCGUCCGGGCAGGAAUAUUUGAUGAUAGCAGGAUUUUGCAUGAACGGACGCCGGUGGUGGAGAUAUACACCGAGCAGCGAUUGAAGUGGGUGAGUCCCAUUGAGGGGGCUGAUCAAUUCACUGGCAUGUUGCCACUCCCAUAA